AUGUUGAGGAAUCUCAGAGGUAAAUUUCUUCGGUUCUCGAGCAACACCACAACAAAGUUACGAUUUUCCACUAGCUCAGCCGCAGCUUAUACAGUUUCUGAUGAUCUCCAUGAACAAUCCUCCGAAUCUUCUCAAGCCUCUGUCUCUCGAGACACUGGGGAUUACAUCUCCGCGAUUCUCAGCUGCAAAAACGUAAUCGAUGUUGGCAAAAUUCACGCCCAAGUUAUCGUCAAUGGCUUUCUACAGGAGCUUCCGGUCGCAAAUAAGCUGCUUUACCUAUACGCGCAAUUCAGAGCGAUAGCUGAUGCAGAGACGCUGUUCGAUGAAAUGAGCGUGAAGGACUCUGUUUCCUGGAGCGUGAUGGUUGGUGGGUUUGCGAAGACCGGCGAUUUCUUCAACUGUUUACGAGUUUUCAGAGAGAUUGUUCGAUCAAGCUUGAGUCUUGAUAACUACACAUUGCCGAUAGUGAUCAGGGCUUGCAGAGAGAAGAGAGAUUCUGUAGUCGGUGGAUUGAUUCAUGAGUUAGUGUUGAAGUCUGGUAUGGAUUUGGACUCUUACGUUUGUGCAGCGCUUGUGGCUAUGUAUGCGAAAUGCGGUAUGAUCGAUGAUGCGUGUAAACUGUUCGAUCAAUUGCCUAAGAGAGAUCUUGUGACUUGGACUGUGAUGAUCGGUGCUUAUGCUGAUUCAGGGAGGCCUGACGAGUCAUGGGUGUUGUUUGAAAAGAUGAGGAAUGAAGGAAUUGUUCCUGAUAGAGCUGCGAUCGUCACCAUUGUUAACGCUUGUGCUAAGCUCGGAGCUUUGCACAAGGCGACGAUCGUUCAUGAUUAUAUCCGUUUGAUGAAUUUCCCUGUUGGUGUGAUUCUUGGAACGGCUCUGAUUGAUAUGCACGCGAAGUGUGGAAACGUUGAUGCUGCGAGAGAAGUGUUUGAUUCGAUGAAGGAAAGGAAUGUCAUUUCUUGGAGCGCGAUGAUUGCUGCGUACGGGUAUCACGGGGAAGCAAGAAAGGCUCUUGAGUUGUUUCAGAUGAUGAUGUUGGAGAGAAGAUUGUCUCCGAAUGAAAUCACUUUCGUUUCUCUGCUUAACUCUUGUAGCCACGCAGGGUUUGUCGAAGAGGGCCUCGAGAUGUUUGAUUUGAUGGCAAAGUACGGGAUUAGGCCAAACGUGAAGCAUUAUACUUGUAUGAUCGAUCUGUUAGGUCGAGCUGGUAGGCUUGAUGAAGCUAGUGAGAUGAUUGAAACCCUGCCGGUUGAGAAAGAUGAAACUUUGUGGGGUUCGUUUCUCGGUGCUUGCAGGAUUCAUAAGAAUGUAGAAAUGGCAGAGAGAGCAGCUAUGUCAUUGCUUGAGCUACAGCCAGAGAACUCAGGUCACUACAUUUUACUCUCUAAUAUCUAUGCAAACGAUGGUAAAUGGGAAGAGGUUGCUAAAGUUAGGAACUUGAUGAACCAAAGGGGAUUGAAGAAAGUUCCUGGUUACACUUGGAUUGAAGCUAAUAACAGAACACAUAGGUUUAAAGUUGGGGAUAGGACUCAUCCCAAGUCUAAGGAGAUUUAUGAGUCUCUCAGGGAUUUGACUGACAAGCUUGAGAAGGCAGGUUAUGUCCCGGAUACUAAUUUCGUGUUGCACGAUGUCGAUGAAGAGGUUAAAGUCGGGAUGUUGUCUUUGCAUAGCGAGAAGCUAGCGUUAGCGUUUGGUUUGAUCGCGACUCCUGAAGGUAGUCUGUUGAGGAUUACAAAGAAUUUGAGGGUUUGUGGUGACUGCCAUAGUUUUUUCAAGUUUGCAUCACUGGUUACAAGGCGGGAGGUUGUAGUAAGAGAUGCAAAUCGGUUUCAUUGCUUCAAGGAAGGCUCUUGUUCAUGUGGAGACUAUUGGUAA